AUUGAACAAACACUGAAGUAGCCUAGCAAACACUGACAGGGGUAGUGUCUGCACGGCCGAGAAGGGCGUGCGGGGCCGGCCCGCGGAGCCUCCGCGCCAUCGCCGGCCCUUGCUCGGAGCUCUCCCUCCGCUGGAUCGCGCUCCCCUUUUUCGUCUUCCGUAGCUAGUAGCCGAGGAGGUCGAUCGCCAGCUUUUUCACUUUUCAAGCCAUCUUGUUCCUCCGAGGUCUGCGCCCCUGGGCCAUACAGUCUGCACGGGCCGGGCGGCUGAGGAAUUGCAGCGGCGCGGUCGUUUAUGGAGCUCUGGGCGGGGGCCGAGCCCUCGGACUUGCCCCCCGCCCGAGGCCCGGGCCAUGCCCCCGCCUGCGCGCGCGGAGCCGCGGCCGCCGGGCCUGAGGGGCUGAGCCGGGAGGCGCGCGAGGAGGAGGCGCCGGCGGCCGAGCCCGGCCCGGAGCGGCGGCGGCGGGCAGCGCGGCGGACCCAGUACUAUGGCUGUGUACUGCUACGCGCUCAACAGCCUGGUGAUCAUGAAUAGCGCCGACCAGGCGAAGAGCGGCGGCCCCCGGCCCGGCGGCAGCGAGACGUCCCCGCCGCCGGACAGGGCGGCGCUGAGCCCCGGCAGCGUCUUCAGCCCCGGGAGAGGCGCCUCCUUCCUCUUCCCGCCCGCCGAGCCCUUGUCGCCCGAGGAGCCCGGGAGCCCGGGGGGCUGGCGGAGCGGCCCGCGCAGGCUGAGCGGCGGCGGCGGCGUGGGCAGCCCGAGUUGGGCGGGUCGCCCGAGAGGGGACGGACAGCAGGUGUCGAGCGCCGGCUCCCUCUCCCCUCCGCGGCCCGAGGAGGCCAAGAGGAAGCCGCGAAUCCUGCAACGCGAGUUGCAGAACGUGCAGGUGAACCAGAAAGUGGGCCUGUUCGAGGCGCACAUCCAGGCGCAGAGCUCCGCCGGCCAGGCGCCCCGCAGCCCGCGUCUGGACAGGGCUCGCUCGCCCUCCCCGUGCCCCUUCCGCAGCAGCAGCCAGCCCCCCGGAAGGGUCCUGGCUCAGAGCGAGGAACGGAGGACAAAGUCGUUGGGGGAGCAAUGUCCAGAGACUGCGGAGGCCGGCUCUGGCAGGAGAGGAAGGGCGCCAGGCCAGUGCCUCUCCGAGGGCGAGGAGGGGGUGGCGCCCUUCCCGGGCCCGGCCGCCCCACAACGAUCAGGGGCUCAGGGCCCAGCGGCUUCUGCAACGGAGAAGGGGAUCCCUGCCAGACCCCACUGUGGCUCCCCCAGACCUGUGGAAACUGACAAGAGGGUCUCUCCGCUUUGGGGAACGCGCAGCUGCCCAGCUCCCCCGACGGGGCUGCUCCGCGUGAACUUAGUGACGUCCACGGAGGUGGCAGCGAGAGCCGCAGCCAGUGGGCCACACCAGCCACGCGACCCUGGCAUCCUGGAGCCUGCUGAGAGGGCCCGCGAGCGUGGGGGCGUGCGCUCCGGGGAGUCCCUGGCUCAUUGUGUAGGGCAGCCUCUGAGCGGAGAGAAGAGCCCAGCCCCAGAGAGGGGGACGCCCUGCAGCGGAGAGCCCCCUGGGAAGGUGAGGGAAAAAGACCCGGCCUGUGGGGUGCCGGGCUCCAGGGCGCCUGAAGCCAGAAGGCCGGAGGACAGGACUGUGAAUGCGCAAAGCUCGGAGCAUUCUGAGCCACGGAGCCGGGUCAGGCCAUCUCCAGAACUGGGCUCAGUAGGCCCGGACGCGCCCCAGUGUGGGGCCUCCGUGGCAGAGGAGCCUCUUAGGCGCUCCGGCGGCGUGGAUGAAGGAUCUUCGAAGCUGGGCCUGCUUGGGGCCAGCCUUUCGGCCCAGACAGCUCUGCUGGAGGUGGAGGCAGGAAUUCCCUCUGGCUCAGUGCUGGAGCCUUUCCCCUGCUGGGCAGCCGCAAAAGCUCUAAGGGAACCCCAGUGUCUUCCUGGAGACAGGGCCGGGGUGCAGCCCGGGAACUCCAGGGCUUGGCAGGGCCCCACGGAGGAAGCCCGUCUGGCCUGGACGUGUGGCACAGGUGUACAGCCAGAGGGGACUUGGGGAAGCCACCAGCCCGCCGGAGACGCCCCCUCCAGCCCAGAGCUGCUCUCCCCCGAUCAGAAGGACAAGCCUCCCCUGAGAGAGGCCUGCAGCCCCAGCAAUAUUCCUGCAGUCAUCAUUACAGACAUGGGUGCCCAGGAGGACCAGACCUCGGAGGAGGCUCAGGGAAGUCCCCGGGGCAGCUUGCCCCUGAGGAAACUGUCCUCUUCAUCUGCCUCCUCCACUGGCUUCUCCUCUUCCUAUGAAGACUCGGAGGAGGACAUCUCCAGUGACCCUGAGCGCUGCCUGGACCCCAACUCCGCCUUCCUGCACACGCUGGACCAGCAGAAACCCAGAGUGAGCAAGUCAUGGCGGAAAAUCAAAAACAUGGUGCACUGGUCCCCCUUCGUCAUGUCCUUCAAGAAGAAAUACCCCUGGAUCCAGCUGGCGGGACACGCAGGGAGUUUUAAGGCGGCCGCCAACGGCAGGAUCCUGAAGAAGCACUGUGAGUCGGAGCAGCGCUGCCUGGACCGGCUGAUGGCAGACGUGCUGAGGCCCUUUGUCCCCGCCUACCACGGGGACGUGGUGAAAGACGGCGAGCGCUACAACCAGAUGGACGACCUGUUAGCCGCCUUUGACUCGCCCUGCGUGAUGGACUGCAAGAUGGGCGUCAGGACCUACCUGGAGGAGGAGCUCAUCAAGGCACGCAAAAAGCCCAGCCUCCGGAAGGACAUGUACCAGAAGAUGAUCGAGGUGGACCCCGACGCCCCGACGGAGGAGGAGAAGGCCCAGCGGGCCGUGACCAAGCCUCGGUACAUGCAGUGGAGAGAGACCAUCAGCUCCACUGCCACGCUGGGCUUCAGGAUCGAAGGCAUCAAGAAAGAAGACGGCUCCGUGAACCGAGACUUCAAGAAGACCAAAACGAAGGAGCAGGUCACUGAGGCCUUCAGAGAAUUCACUAAAGGAAACCGCAACAUCUUGAUCGCCUACCGGGACCGGCUGAAGGACAUCCGGGCCACCCUGGGAGUUUCUCCCUUCUUCAAAUGCCACGAGGUCAUUGGCAGCUCGCUCCUCUUCAUCCACGACCAGAAGGAGCAGGCCAAGGUGUGGAUGAUCGACUUCGGGAAAACCACGCCGCUGCCCGAGGGCCAGACGCUGCGGCACGACGUGCCCUGGCAGGAGGGCAACCGAGAGGACGGCUACCUCUCGGGCCUGAACAACCUCAUCGACAUCCUGACGGAGAUGUGCCAGGGCGCCCCGCUCGCCUGAGGGCCCCGCCCGCCUCGCUGCCCCUCCCUCCUCUCCCCGCCCCCCCGCCCCCUCCGCCCCUGCUUCCUUUCUCCUCCUGUGUGUGGGUGCGAGCCCCAGAACUGACCCUCCCGAACUGCACUACGAGACACUUUGUAAGACAUGGGGUGGAGACCUGCGACAGGAGAGGGGGGUCUCUGGCUCUUUUCCUCGUGACGGGAUUGGAGCUGGGGUUUCCGCUUCUCUUUAUAAACGGGAUCUGCAAGCAGAAGGGGGAUGCCGGGGAGGAGGGGGGCAGCUGGGCCGCCUGGAGGGGAGGGGGCCAGGCUCAGGUGGCAGGGAGGUCCCUAACCCAGGAGCCGGCCCCAGCCUUCCGGCGGGUGCUUACUGCCCCCUGGUGGCCGCUGCAAUUAGGGCGGCCACGGGGCUCAGCCCAUUUCAGCUCCACGCCCCCAGCCUGGGGGCUCCCUUUCAGCAGGUGCUUCUCCUAGUUGGGGCACAAUACCACUGGCAAGUGCAUGUGGGCCAUGAGCAAAGCACCCGCCGCCUAGCAGCCCAGGGCCUCCCGUGGGCGCGUGCUGAGCAGGGACCCCACCCUCUGGUAUCCAGACCCGCCAGGGGGUCCGGCCCGGGAGCCCGCGGAGUCUGCUGGCUGUGCGCUCAGCCCUGGACCUUCCCCGGAGGGGGCGGGCAGGAGCCCUUGUCCUUGAUUAUCACCUAGGAACUCAGAGGGGUGCUCUGCAAACCUGACCUUCCGGGGAGGUCGCCCAACCCUCAGAACCGGCUGUGCCUCCAGCUCCCCGCCUGGCUGCGACCAGGGGCACAGCCGGCCCGCAGAGAGACACAAGGAAUCUGAGCGCACACCCCCCCUCGGUCGCUUCACCCCACCCCGCAUCUUGGUGCACCCCCGGGCCUCUUUCACGAGGUCAUGUCCACAGCAGGCUUGGGGCAGCGCUGGGCAGGGAAGAGGCAGAUUUUAAAGGCCUCACUUUGCCCCCCUGAAGUAACUUCUUACAGCCGCAGGGGCUUAGACCCAUAUACCCUGGAUGUGUGUGCGGCUCCCAGAAUAGGUGGUGGGUGCCGGCCGUGGAGACGGGGUGCUCCGGGCAGCCCUUCCCAGGGUCUCCGAGUUGCUUGAAGAUGACUGGGAAACAAAUUAAGCCGUAUCCUAAUUUUAAAGCCAGUUAAGUAUGUGUUGUGGAGAAGAAUGUGAAAUCGGCCUAACUUUUUAAGAACAAACCUCUCGGCCCUGUGGCCCUUUGCAGCUGUUAGAGGUGCAGGGGUGCCCAGGGCUGAGCUGUGACCGGGCGCAGGGCACCGGGGCCAGUCCCUCGCAGACCGCUGAUUCCGGGACGUGGUGGGGUCCGGGUACACAAGCCCAGGAGCACAAGCCCAGAGGGGCCGAUCCAAGAGACAGGGCCCUCUGGGGAUCCCCCCCAUCACCCUAGGGACUCGGGGGACCUUUGACCUCAUCAAGUGACACCAGCGUUUCCCCUUUUGUGCUGGGUGAGUGACAGUUGGUGGGGGCGGAGGGUAGGACCCACGAGGAUGUCUAAGUACAGAUUUUAGGAAAGGAAAUCACUUUGAAACUUCCUGGCUCAUGUUCCAAAACAGAGGGAGCUUGUGUGUGGGGCUCACUAAGGGUCACCCCUCCUCCCGGCCUAGCGUGAGAGCUCGUGACAGCACAUGACCCUGUAAAGGCGGGAGCACCAAGGCCAGCUCUGGGUGGCCCUAGAUGGAGUCACUUGUGGCCCAGAAGGGACCCGGCGGGCUGUGCAUCGCAGUCCGCGGGGAGGGGACAGGGACGCCGCUAAAUCGGACGUCCGGGUCCCAGCACUGGGGACUGACCACAGGUCGCCCUCGCUUAUCCAUGAGGACAGUCUGCUGAAGGAACGCUCUGAACAAAAAAGUGCAGGGGACCAGCUUGACCUACUAAGAGAACAAAUUUUCCAAGCACUUUAAAUAGGCACCAGAUGUUUGCAAACAAGUGUGCUAAACGGCAAAACGAUGUGUUUAUUAGCGGAGGUCCAUGGCGCCUCUUACUGGCUGCACGUUGGGUUACAUUCUGUCCGUGAAAGUGGUAUAAAGGGGCAUUUUUUUUUUUUUACGGUUAUUCUCUUCCUUAGGGGUUGGGGGGGUGGGUUGUAUUUACUCUCUGGCUCUCCUCUCCACACCUAAACUGUCAGCCUUUCCCCCCUUCUCUGCCUCCCCCCGUCCUGGAGGGGUAGAUGGAUCCCGGAUGGAAUUUCCCAGAAGCCUUGCGAGGGACUCCUCAGGUCCUGGCGGUGCAGGUGGGACAAGCCAUGCGCACCUGUGCGCAGGUGAGCAGGCCACCUUCCCGCCCGGUCCUGGCCGCACCCCCGGGGCUCCUCGGUGUUCCGUGUGCUUAGCAUUCAAGGAGAAGUUUCUCGACUGCUUGCCCACUGACUUGCCUUUCACGUCCUGUAAGACGUUUUUAAGUUAUAUUUAUUUUUUCGGGUUUUUUUAAUCGCACAAAACACUAAGAAUGGGAGGCUGGAUUGUGUUCGCCCUUCAAAGUUGUGCCUUCUUCCUGGAUUCCCUUUCCCGCUUGGCGGAAAGAGUCUGGACACGGCACUGCCCCAGCCCGCAGACUCUUUCCUCUGGGAGCUGUAUCUAGCUUUUGAGUUUCUCCUGCACCCAGUCCACGCCGCCGUGUGUACAUAACCCAGCCCAGGGCUUGGGGAGGGGCGGGGUGUCAGCCCUCCACCAGUGCCUUUCUUCCCCAGAGGGCUCCCCUUCUCUCUGCACCCCUUUCGCCGCCACACCUUGGAGGAAACUGAACUGUUACAGACACCCCCCCUCUCCCCCCACACAGUGCCUGUCGAACAGACCGCAAUGCCUGUACCUUCCUGAAUAAAGGCCCUGGAGACCA